GAGUACUGGAGUGUGUGUGAUUGAGUAAUUUUUUACAGUCUUAUACAGUCAAUUGACAUUGUGGAACCAGGAGCUACUGUGCAACUAAUAAAAUAGCUCAACAUUUGAGAGUAUCAUAGCUCCAGUGUAGUGUAAAAUGAUGUGCAGCUCUUUGUUUGCUCUGGAAUUAAGAUAAAACUGGAUGUAUUGGUUUACUAACCAGUUUUUUUGCUUACUAUACUCAGCACCAGUUUGUUCAGCAGCAGUAUGAUACAUUGCAUGCUGAGUGACAGCGAUCAUAAGGAUGUUUAGCAAGAGCAAAAUCAGCCCAGUCAGUUUUUAUACUUAUAUUAUGCAUAUAAUCAUUAUUUAAAAUGAUUUUUUUAAUAAUGCAAUACAUUCAUAAAUGUACAUCAGUGUAUAAUGUAUUGUCUUAAUGACUGAAUUCUGCACAGGGCAAUCAAAUAUAUAGGUGAAUAACAAAUAUGUAAUGAUUCAUUAUGAAAUCAGUGGAUUUAGAUUUUCUCUUUAAUUCUGUACAAAUUAUGUUGCUUUGUAUUAUACACCAUUUUGCCCAAUAAUCAUAUUCUUAUAUUACCCAUUUAUCAAAUACAAUAGUUUGAUUUGAACUUCACCUUUAGGGAGAGAAUGUGUAAUAAAUGGUGAUGCUAAGAGAGGUUUUCUUUUCCCCGCCCAGCUUGUGGUGGGCUGACUUUGCUCUUUUUCAACAGGCUUAUAAAUACUCAAAUUAACACACUCAAAAGACUUUUAAAAGUUCAGGGAGAGACAGUCUGACUUGUUACUUAUUUUUAUUCAUAGGUGAGUUCAUACUCUUGCGUCUCAUUCUUUUUUAUAUAGCAUUAUAUGCAUUUUCUUUUAAUUCCAACAUAGUUUGUUGUUUUAUUUCUUUUAACUAUGUAGUCUGUCUCAUGCUAAAUAAUGGGCUGAUUAUGGAUACAAUGACAAUAUUAUUUUAAUUUAUAAUUAAUAUUAUAAUAUAUUUUAUUUUGUUUAUAAUAUAAUUGAAUAUAUAAUAAUGUAAUGUUUGUUCAGACCUCUGAAUUUUCUGAUACUAUUUGAUUUCAUACUGUAGUCUCUGUUUACUGCUGACUUACUAACCAUAAUUUGAAAUUUAUAGAUUUAAAUAUGUGCCAAUUGUUUUUACUUUUACAAUAAUAAUUCAUUAAUAAUGUUGCAUUGUUUAAUUUGAACUGUGAUGUAAAAUAGAUUGUGACUAUUCUUAAAGGUUGUUCCUUCUUUCAGCAGUACUACCACAUAUUAACCCCAUAACAUAAUACAUUAUCUCAAACCCAUAACAUAAUAGAUUAUCUCAAGCCAGGAACUGAAGUACAAUGGAUCGAGAGCAAGACUACUGUGCUAUUGUGAAAGGGAUUCAGGAGUUUGAUUUUGAAGGGGAUGCCCUACCAUGUAAACUUGUUCUAAUAGGCAGCCAAUCCUUUCCACUCGCUAUGAAUCCAAAAGGUCAGGUUCUGAUGGCUGCAUCUCACUAUGGUAAGGGACGAAUUGUAGUGUUGGGACAUGAGAAGUAUUUAACAAGUUUCCCAGUCCUGGUGAAAAAUGCCUUGGCCUGGCUUAUGCCACCUGAGUCCAAAAGCAAAACAGUAGGCAUACAGAAGAAUCUCGGUUCCCUUGCUGGAAGUUUACCUCUGAAAACUGAAGUAGGAGAUUUCCGAAAUGUGGGUUAUGCAGUCUAUGUGACUGAUGCCUACAGGGUCGAUUCAUGUGCUAAAGACUUGGUUGCCUUCCUAAAAGCUGGGGGAGGCUUGCUUAUUGCUGGUCAGGCUUGGUACUGGGCUCAGACCAAUUCUGAAGGGAAUGCAUUGCUCUCUUUUCCUGGGAACAAAGUGUGCAGUGUUGCUGGAAUCUACUUCUCAGAGACUCCAGGGGAAUGUGGCAAAUUUUCUGUGCCCAUGCAAAUUCCCUCGAACUGGCUGGCAGUUUCGAUUGGUAAGGAUUUCAAAGAUGACCUACAAUUUCUACUCAAAGGUGUUUCAGAGUUUGAUGUUCGAGGUGAGGAAUUAGCAUCUGAAGUGAUGGCACAUGGAUCCUUAACAUUUCCUAUUGCACUUACCCCAUGUGGUAAAGCAUUCAUUGCUGGGGCCUACUAUGGACAAGGAAGAAUAAUUGUGGCAACCCAUGAAACGUACCUUGGGCGUAAUUCACUCUCUACCUUCCUGAUAAACGCUAUCCACUGGCUUGAUAAAGGGCGCAAAGGGGUUAUCGGGAUCGUGCCCCAACUUAAAGAUGCGCAUCGUGUUCUGAGCAAAUCGGGUCUAAAAUGUGAAUUCACUGGAUUAAGGAAAGACCUAAGUGUCUUUGUUUGUACCUCCUAUGAUGAUUCUAAAUGUAACCAGAUCCAGGAAUUUGUUGCUGAGGGCGGAGGUCUCAUGAUUGGAGGUCAUGCUUGGUACUGGGCACAGAGCAACCCUGCACUUAAUGUGAUGACCAAUUGCCCAGGAAACAGAAUCCUCAGUAAAAUGGGACUGUGUAUAAUGGGUAAUACUUUGGAAGGUGACUUGUAUAAAGUCCAGCAAAUUUUAGAAUAUGGUGACAGAGGUACACGUGCAUACCACUUCCGUGACCUGCUGCAGCGCUUUGCUGGCCAUGUCAUCCAGGGCCAGGAUCUUACAGAACACGAACAGGAAUGUCUGCAAAAGCUGAAUCGUGACUGCACACAUUAUCUGCGUAUGCAGGCUCAUGACAGCGCUUCCUAUACCUCAAUGGUUUCACUGAUCACAGAGUUUAUCAAAGAGGCAGGAGUUCCACAGGUGUCUCAGACCUGUCCUGUUCAAAGUUUCAAAGAUAAAAUGCUGCUUAAUUUGGCAAGUGAGGUUUACAAGGUUUGCAAAGAUCCUGAUGCACUUCUGCCAUACAUCAUCAAGAACCUGCCCAACCUACCCUUGAGAGUCCAGAUCAGCGCAGACACAUCUGAUCAUGAAGAAUGGAUAAGCACAGGAUUGUAUCUUUCUCCUGGAAUGAGAACUUACAUUACAGUACCUCCAGAAAUCAAAGGCAAAGGAUGGCAGCUGCAGAUUGGAUGCCAAACAGAUUGCUUGGGAGAAGCUGAUGUUUUAAAACGCGCUCCUGUGGUGCAUAAGCGAUUUGCUUUAGACAGGGAGAUCAUGCAGGUCUGGAAUUUGUGGGGAGGUCUCAUUUACCUGAUUGCACCACCCAAGAGCAAAGUGAAUGGGGUGAAGGUUGUUGUACAAACAGCCAUAAAAGCACCAUACUACAAGUCUGGAAAAACCAGCGUAGAAGACUGGGUGAAGAAGAUCCGUAAUGCGCCAGCUCCUUGGGCCGAACUUGAGUUUGAAAAUGUAAUCAUCACCUUACACUCAGACUUCAUACGCAAACUGGAUCGUCCUGACGAGGUUGCGGCUCUCUGGGAUUCCAUCAUGAAGGGUGUGGCCGAGUUAGCGGCAAAGCCUGUCAAGUUUCCACGCAAGGAACGCUUUGUCGCUGAUGUUCAAAUCUCUCAUGGUUUCAUGCAUGCCGGCUACCCAGUAAUGAUUCAAUCUGUCUCUGCUGAGGAACUUGUAAACCCAGAGACAGCUCGUAAAACGGGAAUUUGGGGGCAAAUUCAUGAAUUGGGUCACAAUCAGCAAUGUUCAGUGUGGGACUUCCCUCCACAUACCAGUGAAGCCACAUGUAACCUGUGGUCAGUGUAUAUACAUGAGGAGGUGUUGGGGGUGAAGAGGGAAAAUGCUCAUCCAAGCAUGUCUGUAGAAAACAGAAAGCGUGAAGCUACAAAUUACGUUAAGGGAGGAAGGAAUCUGAAACAAUGGACUGUUUGGACAGCUCUGGAGACGUACCUGCAGUUGCAAGAAAAAUUUGGCUGGGAUGCUUUCAAGAAAGUCUUUGGAGCUUAUCAUAGCAUGAGUAAUGUUCCAAAAGACAGAGAUGGAAAGAUGAACUUAUACGCUAAAACAUUCUCAAAGGUAGUGAACAUGAAUCUGGCUCCUUUCUUUAAAGCCUGGGGUUGGCCCAUUCAACCCUCCACUGAGGAAAAGCUCAGCAGUCUGCCUAAGUGGAACGACCAUCCCAUGGCCCAGUAUGCUUAACUCCCUAAUUAGCAGUUAUUAGUAUUCUUGAUGUGCCAGUAUGUUUGAUUCAUAAAGUUGCAAUAUAUUGUUAGAUCACCAUUUGUCAACCACUCUAUGAUGUUUGCUUCAAUUGCUGUAUGCUUGAUAGCCUAAUACUAAAAUCUUGAUAUAUCUGAAUAUAAGGCUUUAUAUUAUAUCAUAUAUAUAUAAUGUAUAUGUGAACAUAUAAAGUAUAUGUAAAACUGCAUUAAAUAAAUCUACACAUUGAU